CUACUGUAGAACCUCUCCGUUUUCUCACUUGGGAAGAUUUAGUAGUUGUAUACCCAUCGAAUCCCAUCGAGAGUCCAUAUAUAGGAGCGCCGCUGCUACCAAUCCUAGCAGCAGCAGCUACCUUGGCAUACAUACAAUAUUAUAAACCUCGAUGGAGAGGGCCACGUCGACGUGGUUCCAUGCGCAGGCGGCGGCGGGAGCGGAGGACGACCUAUUGCUGGCGUUGACGCCGGCGGGCAGAAGGCUAGACCGGUACGACGAGCAAGCCCAGACGGUGUGCGUGGACGGCAAGACGGUGCGGCUGUUCCAGUGCCUCUUCUGCGACAAGACGUUCCUCAAGUCGCAGGCGCUCGGCGGCCACCAGAACGCGCACCGCAAGGACCGCCUCGCCGGAGUCCUCGGCGACCCCUACAACAACGACAGUCUGUUGGGAGGUACCGCCACCGGGCCGUCCUGCGAUUCUGCUGCCGGCUGGUCCAUGUGCACUUACAUCGCCUCGCACGGCGGUGGCGCCGCGGUGGCUCCAGCCACCGAUGACUCCAGGCAAGAGAGGUGGGGAGGCGGCCGCGCUCCACGCUUCGCGGAGCCGGCACCGCUCCUGGACCCGUCCACUGGCCGCGACGGCGUGAUGGCCCGGUCAAGGGCCUCCGUCCCCCGCGGCAGCGGCGGCGGUGGCGAGGCGCCGGACCUCGAGCUGCACCUCUAGCUUUCUAGCGUCGCCAGGCCGGCUGCUGCCAUUCAUAUUGCACAGGUGUCGUCGACGAAAACAUUCAAGGAACAAAUAUAAUCGUCUGUGUCGCCGAUCGAACUUGUAGCGACACGUCCGCUGCUCUUGGUACAUUUGUGUUCUUGCGUGAUAUUGUAGGCAGCUAGCCCGUUAAUAUUCCUCUCGUGAUAAAAUAAUUAUUAAUAUUUUUUUGGCGAGUCCUCGUACAUCAAUCCGUACCGCAUGUAAUAACGGCUCGACCGUAACAAUAUCAGUGCACCUGUUGCUUCCCCGUUCUUUUGCUGUCCGGUUUUGCUAUUCCUCUGACAACCGAUUUUUUUUAAUCUAUUGACAGAGAGAGGAAAUCCAUUGAAAAUUACAAUAUUUUGAGACGAUUGAUCUAUAGGUGAUUCUUGUUUUUACUGCUGUAGGAUAUUAUUAUUUUUUUGCCUCACAAGCUCAUGUACGCACUCUAAUGGAUGGACCAAACAAGUAUACCAUCUGCUGCUUCUUCUGCAUAUGUUACUGCACCCAUGUGAUUCGAGGAAUCGAGGAGACACUCCGUACGAUGUGCUAAAGUAGUAUGCGACAAAAGAACGUACGGUC